AUGCAACAAACACAAGUCAAGCUUCAGUCAAUUAACAGAAAUUUGUCUGUCGACCGCGAACGUCUUUCUAAUGCUUGUGUCAUUGGGUUGUAUGUAUGUGCUGGCAAUGCGAUGACCAUCAAGUUGCCAUCAAAGAAGUCGAAGAAUACACUUGCGCAUCUUAGCAUCCAUUCUUCUUUAAUUAAUGGAGUCGAUGUCAAUGAAGUCGUUCAGGCCCAAUACAACUUCCCGUCGUCUUUAGACAAGAACAAAAGACGAGACAAAGAAGUUGCUAUAUUUAAUGCCAUCUCAAAGGAAAUUGCAGGACAGAAAUUCAAACUUGCCAAACGGACAAACGCGGUGAAGACGCUGAAAUUAAAGAUAUACAAAGAGAUCGGCCCACUUAAUAAGAACGGCGUGAAUGAGUUUGGAAGAAAGGUCACAGCAACUAUAUUAGCUCGAAAAACACACUCAAGAUGUUCGCAACGCUCAUUUGUGGAAAUUCCAGCUUAUGACACGGAAAUCAUGAAUCUCUUUAGAGAGGUCUCUAAUACUCAAGAAAGUUGCACUGAGACUAACCUCUUCGGCAACGAGUUACACGUCGAGAGUGAAAGUUCAGACUUAAGAAGUGAAAGUCUUAGAGAACGAAUCCAGAAAAGUCCGACAGAAUUCAAUCAAGCAUUGUCCGCUUUUAAACCAACAACAGUGGGAACAUACUCCCAAGAAUAUUCGCAAUGGUUCUUUAAAGAAUCAAACUAA